UGUGUGUGCGGUGGCGUCGAUGUCUUCGCCGUAGGAAUUUUUUGUGCACUUUUGCUGAAUGAAAACGCGUUUGUGACUCUUAAAACUUAAAACCAAGCAGUUUAAAUGCUUUGCCACUCUGGCUGUCAGUUGAUUAACGCUUUGAAGACACCAAUUCGUUAAUUUGAUUUGAUCUUCUAGUCGAGUUCGGUCGACAUUGUGAGUGAUUAUUUUGUUGUUUUUUUUUUUUUUGUGUGACAAAAAAGCGGCAAAAUCGCUUGCUUUUUUGUGACGAUUGUUUAUGGAAGAAAUGGAGCUGUUUGACAUGGUCAAGGCAGCACCGCCACCGCGGACAAUCCGGGAAUCGGAGCGCACAUCGGCGCCUCAAACCAUAGACCAGAAUUCAACGGAUGUAAUAGCAGUCAUAGAAGCUGACGAUGACGGUGACCUCCUGGAGAGCGUGAAUAUAGGUGACGACGAGGGAGACGUCGAGCAGAAUGAAGACAAUAGCCAGGGAAAGAAAUCUGCCAAAACCCAGAUUGUUUCUCCUCCUUUGGCCAAGCCAAGGGGUAAGAAAUCAUCAAAUAAGACACCGAAGAACUUAAAAAAGCAAGAUACAAAUAAGAUUAUUGCUUUGGAGAUAGACUCCGACGAAGAUAAUGAAAAUACUUUGGUGCAGCACAACGCCGACGAUAUGAAAACUCCGGAAAAUGUUCCCCGGAGAGCGAAGUUGUUUGCGAGUCUCAGUGAUUCGGAUGAUUCUUUAGAUGGCUACUCAAAGACCUUACCAACACCCACCAAAACCAAGGCGCAGCAAAAGAUGUUUAGUGAUUCGCCAGAUCAGUCUUCAUCGCGCAUUAAUGUCGAUCAAUUCUGUGCCCGUGAAUUCUGUAUUCGCGUCAAGCGUUUAACUCAGGCGGAGAUUAAUUCUGCCUCCGAUUCGGUGGCCAAAUCAAAAUUUGCCUCGCCUGUGGCGCGUAAGCGAGGCAGACCGCGCAAGAACAACGACGACGACAAGAAAUCUCCGUCUCUGGCAAAGAAACUAAAGAUUUUACCAUCACCCAAGAUCCACAUUAAAGUUCCUCUGCAGUCUGGGGCCCAAAAGAGAGCUCUAGCCAAUCUGGCACGCACUCACACGCCGCCGCCCAUCUUGUCUAGCCGACCCAAGCCGAAGCCCAAGACGAAGACCAAGACCAAGCUCAAGGCACUCCACGCCACCCCGUCGAUGAUCAAAUCGUAUGGAAAGCGAUUCUUUAGUUGCGUGGUUAAAAUCAAGAGACUGAAGUGGCCAAGCAGUAACCCACGUUUCGGAGGCGGCCGUAAGGGGCGUCCCAGACGCUCUAACCUUUCGGUCUCCUUCAACGAAUCCGUCGAGAUAUUGGGCAGCAACGAGGGCGGCUCCCGUCGCUCCACAUUCGGUACCAUCUCAUCCAAGUCGCCGAAGCCCACUCGCUUGCAGCGCGUAGAUGCCACGGGCAAUGUUCUGGAGGAUAUAGCUCUCACUUCGAAUAUGAUGCUUACAGGGAACUCGCCCUCAGUGGCCACAUCUGCCGCAUCCGGUACGCGGGGCAGGGGUAAGCGUCGCUCUUGCAACGGAUCGCCGCAACUUAAACGUCCGCACCAAAGACUACCGCUGUCCGGCCUGGCCAGAAUGCGCUUGGACGAUGCACCGCAGAAUGAUGACAAUGAUGAUGAUGAAGAGUACAUAGUGCCCAAUGAGCUGCCGGGCAUGCAAAGACCUGGAACACCAACUCCGAAAAAGAAGAAAGUAUCAUAUACCACGACCAUAAGCGACGAUGAGGAUGAGAAGGUGCCCACUAAAAAGUCCAAGGACGUCAAUUCUACAAAAAAGGAACCAAAACUAAACCGAACCCGAAAGAUAGAUAAGUCCACAUCACUGAAAGAAAGUGUCCUACAAAAUGUAAUACUACAAAGUAAAUCCGAUGAGAUUGUAAAGGAGAACGAAGAGAAGGAAGAACCUGUGGAUGUUGUUGGUGAAGAAGCUCAAGUUGCGGGAACAGAAGUUGAAAAAGUAGCAGAGGUUGUUGCUACUAUAAACGAAGAAAAAGACGUCGAAGAAUCGGAAAAGCAAAAACCACUUGAUAUGGCAGAAGACAAUCCACAGAAAGCUGAAGAAACGACGAUGGAAACUGAAACGGAUGCUGAAGAGAAACUCGUAGAGGAAAAUGGUGAAAAGAAUCCUGAAACGGAAUCGGAUCCAAGGGUUGAGGAAAAUGGUGAUAAGAAUCCAGAAGAGGAAUCAAAACCUAGUGAUGAGGAAAAUUGUGAAAAAAAUCCUGAGGAAGAAUCGAAGGAAAAUAGCGAACAAACCGCUGCGGAGGCAGACAAAUCCCUGGAUAUGUCACCUUUGAAAUUAGAGGAAACCAGCAGCCAGGAUAGCAAUAGUAAAGCGGAGCAAAAGAAGGUUGACGACGUUGAGGACUUUAGGGAGUUGGAUACACCAACAUCUCAGCAGCUGCCGCCCGCGACUGAGGAAACUCCGGAGGAUGUACUUGAAAUUCAGACGUCCCUUGAAGAUGUCCGACAGCUGCACACACCAUUCUCAUCUCAGCAGAGCACGCCCCAGGCGCGCAAGCCCGUUCGCCAGGAUUCUGCGGAUUCGGAUUGCAGCUUCAAGUCGGCCCAUGAGCCAAACAAGGAUAUUUUGCUAGGCAAUGUAAAUGCUGAAGGAGAUAAGCAGAAGGAGGCGGCCGGCGAGGAGGAAGACGCGACGGAUGCGGCAGCAGGAGAGGAUAAAUCCGAAAUCGAUCCUGCCACCAUCCCCGCCGUGUUGACGACGCCACCGCCCUCGACUCCAAGAACUGUCAAUGGCUGCGAUCCAGUUACCAGCGAUGGAUCCAGCAUAUCGGCGUUUUACUCGCCCAUUGAGGCCAUGCCCACUCUGGAUGAUGAGGUCCUUGGCCAGUUAGUCGAGCCCGACUUUCAGUUAAACUCCAGCCGCCAUGCCAUAUCUAGGGGAACUCUGGACGAUAUAAUGACAGCGCUGGAAUCUUAGGACCCACUCAUGAAGAGACUCAACCAAGCAUACACAAAAAGGUGAUCACAGAUGAAGACGAAACUGGCCUGCACGCGGGAUUACUUUAUAUGGAUUACACUUUACUUUUUUUUAUUUGUUGCCGAUUUUAAGCCAAGAAAAGUGGGUGGUAAAUAGCCUCCAUGUUUUUAGUUUUGAAUCGGAGCUAAAGAAACUGAUUUCCGCUCAAGUCAUGUUAUGAAAAACCUUAAUUUUAUAUUAAUUCUUUUAAAAUACUUAAUUUGUCCUGUAUACAUUAGCUUGUAACGAAGUGCUAAGCUUAGCUAAAGAAGCAGCCAGCCAGGAUCUAGUCGGCUAAUCGGACGAAAAACCAACAAAACUCACACAGGCAGUCAAAUUUACAAUUUAGCGUAAAUUGAGUUGCGUUUGAAUAAGUUAAGUGAAGAACUAGUUAAGCAUAAAAGUGAUUUAUGCGAAAAUUUAAUUGUAUACCCAAAUGAAUCGUUAUGUUAGUUGUAUGCCUAAAGAAGGACAUUGUUUUGAUUUCUUCAAAUC